GUGGGCGUUCCGAAAAAUUCCAACAAGAUUCCGGAAGAAAAUUGUUGAUCAAAAAAAGCAAAACAAAGUUAUUUCUUGCAAUGUUUACGCUGUGGAAUUUAAUUGAAGCCUCCCUGUUGUGUCUCAAUGCUGUGUGCAUCCUCCACGAAGAGAGAUUCCUGGCCAAGAUCGGAUGGGGCGCUAAUGCGAAUGUUCAGGGAUUUGGUGAGCCUCCCACAGUAAAGACUCAGCUCCUUAAUCUCAUUCGAUCCAUCAGAACAGUUGUCAAAUAUCCUUUGAUAUUCAUCAAUAUACUGGCGAUUUUGUUCAAAUUAAUACUCGGAUGAUUACGUGUGGGAAUGCAAAUAAUGUAUUUAACUAAAUAAAAAUAUUUCUUUUGGUUA